AUGAUCACAAGGAGAAUCAUCCCCAACGUUGUCACUUUCAAUGCGUUGAUUGACAGUUUUGUGAAAGAGGGAAAACUUGUAGAGGCUAAAGAACUGUACAAUGAGAUGAUGCAAGAGGACUAUGUAAGAAAGGCUCACUGUCCGAAGCUGACCUGUUGUUUAGAAAGAUGGGAGAGGAUGGGAUUGCACCAUAGUGGUACAUACAACACACUAAUCCGAGCACAUCUCGGGGGUAGUGGCCUAACCACUUCAGUUGAACUCAUCGAAGAAAUGAAGAGUGUGGAUUCUCUGCAGAUGCUUCCACCAUGA